AUGAGCCCUCCAACCGUCGACAAAUUCCUAGGUGAGAUUUCUCACAUAAUUCAGCAAAAGAACGGCGUGCAAUUACAGGAUUAUCUUGUGAUCGAGCCCCCUCUACCGGAGCUGUACAAGCAGAUAGUCAAUGAGCUGAGACAAGCUUAUCCUAACACUAGUAGCCAUGAGGCUCUAGAGAACAAAAUCAAGUCUUUCAUUCCUGAGAAUGAUGAUGGGGAGAAUGAUGUGAACGUCGAAAACCUUCUCGAAACCCAUGACAUGCUGAAGGGCCUUUUGAAGUACAUGACCCUCUCGUUCAUGGGCGUCACCGUGCUACCGACAGUCAUCUCUUUAUCACGGAUGCUAGCCAGGUUGGCGAUUGGGCUUGAUAAGCGGCCUGAUUUGAUUGCGGAUCUCACUCGCAGGGAGAGUGUUGGGGGUGAAGAAGCCGUGGAAAGAGUCACGCUUGUAGAAGGCUCGGCAAAUGUUAUUCGAGAAGCAUUCAAGAAGUGCCUGAGUGAGCGCAGUGGUGGCCCCUCAGGAACAGAUGCCAGUGGCAAACCCGAGGGGCGUCGCAUUGGGAUAUACUUGACAGCCAAUUUAUGCUUAAAAUUGUUCUUCCACUGCAAGAAGCUUAGGAGUGCGGAGCAGAUCUUUGGUAAUAUCUACCAGCAAUCGCCUCCUCUUGCGCUUUUUCCAGCAUCCCAGCGUGUCACAUACCUCUAUUACCUGGGCCGCUAUCUUUUCGCCAACAACCACUUCUAUCGAGCACAGCUUGCGCUUCAAGCAGCAUACGAUCAAUGCUACAAGCAAAGCCUAAGUCAACGCCGAUCCAUACUGAUCUAUCUCAUCACGUCCAAUAUCAUUUUGGGAAGAUUUCCGUCACCUGUACUUUGGCAGCAACAGGUAGCUUUAGGCUUGCAGGAAAAGUUCCAGCCUAUAUGCACUGCUAUUGCAAAGGGAGAUCUCGCCUCCUUUAGAAAACUCACGAACGUGGAAAGUGAGCAAGCUAGCUGGUUCUUGCAAAAACGUAUAUUGAUUCAGAUAUCAAAUCGUUGCGAGAUCCAGGUGUGGCGAUCUUUAGCCCGACGCACGUUUCUGCUGUCUGGCUCUAUCGGUGAUGCGGCGAACAAGAUAGCACCAACCAUGGGUCUGCAAGAUAUGCUGACGCUAGCUGUGUACCUCGAAAAGAAAGCACUAGACCAACAACAAAUUGGCCUUGAGACAAGUAGCUUUGUCAAUGGUGGACCAGGCCAGGCAAAGCAUACAAACUCAAUCUUCAUGGUCGGAAACAACACGAAUGACAACCAACAACGGUCGGCAAGGACUGGCUAUGUAGAUCCUGAUCUGGAAAGAGCGAUCGAGCUCGAGCCGUCCUUACUUCCCACACUGGAGCUGGUUGAGUCGAUUGCGGCUUCAAUGGUAGAGCAGGAUCUCCUUCACGGAUUCUUGAGUCACUCGUCUCAUCGCUUCGCCAUUACAGGCGCCAAAAGCGCGGCUCCGCUGCAAGUCGGCUUCCCAAAAGUCUGGGAUGUGAUCAAAGCCAAAGCAAAUAUGGAGGUCCCGGGAUGGGUGAAGGAAGACAAGAACGCGCCAUCGGCAAUGCCAGGCAGAUUUGGCCCAGGGAUGGUAGUAAACUUGAGUGGUGCCAGACCAGCAGGUGCAGCAGCUGGAUAG